AUGGCUUUUUCUGCUUUCAAAUUCUUAUGGAGCUUGCUUCUAUUGAUGAUGAAUCUGUCCGAUCCUCCUUCUUCUUCUUCUUCUUCUGGUUCAUCAUCCUCGUCAUCAAAUAACUGGAUUCCUGAUUUUUCCACCCCUGUUUUGCCUCCACCUCCAUUUCCUUCUGCAGUGGAUGAACUGGCAGAACAUGAGGAUUUGCUCUGGGAGAUUUUCCUUUUGCUUCCAGUGAAAACUCUGAUCCGUUUCAAAUCCGUUUCCAAGAAAUGGAAUCGGAUUAUUUCCGAUCACAAGUUCGGCAUCCGCCAUACUCGUCAAACUCCAAACCCGAAUCCAACUAGCCUGGUAAUGAUCAGGAACAAAUACAUUGCCCUGCUCCCGCUUCAAGAUGAUCACCGGAAUCGUCUUCAGAGGCUCCGGUUUCCGGCAUUGAACUACUUCUCGCCCCCCAACUCCGACAUUUCUCUGAGAACCAUCACCAUCUGCAACGGAUUGGUUCUUGGUUUUUUAAGCUCUGUUUUUUCCCCUCGGAGAAAUGCCUAUUGUGUCACAAAUAUCGCCACCCGGAAAUUCCUCCGGCUUCCGCCUCCGAUACAAAUCACGGGGAGCCAAAUCCUUGGAAUCACAUUAGCAUUUGACCCUUCAAAAUCCCCGAAUUUCACAGUCCUCUGUAUCGGCCGGACGAACAGCUUGCCCAUAAGUCCAGUCAAAAUGGAAAUAUAUUCGUCGGAAACAGGGGAAUGGAAAGUUUGGGAAGGAAAGAUUAUCAACACAAGGCACGCCGUCAAAGUGUUCACCCGCGGGGUGCUGUGGAACAACACCAUUAAUUGGCUCACCCCAAUAGGUAAUUCCUUCUACUUCUCAUUAGCUGAUGAAACCAUGAGAGUUUUGCCAAUGCCGCCGGAAUGCAGCGAUGGAAUGUACAUUUGUAGAAGGAUGAUGUUCUUGGGGGAAUCAAGAGGGUUUUUGCAUUUACUCGAUUUGGAAAUCGAUAUUUCAAGUAACCCACCAAUUCACGUUUAUCAGAUGAAGGAAAAUCACAAAGGGUGGGUGUUGAAAAACAGAGUAAGCCUUGAUCACAUUGCCAGGAUUUUCCCUGGAAUGACUGGGCAAAUCCCGUUGGCUGUUGUGGAUAGUACUGGUUCUGAUUCCGACGGGGCGGAUCAUCUGUUUGAUUACUUCACUUACUCGGUGUUGACGGUGAUUUGGGCGGAAGACGGCGAGAGUUUCGACCUGAUUCUGAUGAUCCCGAGCCAGAUCAUUGCUUAUAACACCAAGUCCGACACCGUGAGAGUGAUUCUGAGGUUUCAGGAUAAUGUUCCGAUGACCAACUUUAAGGGUUAUGAAGUUCACCACUUCAAUGACACCUUGGCUCCCAUCCCCACCCCCACCCCCACCCCAGUUGAAUUAGAGAAUUGA